AUGCAAAAGGCAAUGAAAAGCGCAGAUAUUAUAAAAGCUAAUAAUGACUGGUUAGAUGCCCAAGCCAACGCUAAAGCAGCCCAACUUAUAGGGUCAAUAAGGACAAAAAUACAAGCGGAUGAAGACAGUUCAAAUGAAGCUUUAAUGAAUGCCGACUUUAAGAAUGCCUUCGAAGCUCUUCAUAGUAAGGUGAAACUAGUGAACGACUUCUCAGCUGGAAAGAAACUGAAGUCUGAAGGUUUCGACAAAGAGUUAAGAGAAGUAGCACAAAAUAUGACGAAAAUAACAGAUGCAGCAACGAGACAGGCAGUUCAAAGUGCCUAUGACUCCGUUAGAGCAACUGUUGUGGAAAGUCAAGAAAAAGAGUUACAACAGACCAAAACAGACCUAGUAAAUGCUUUCUUAAAAACGAAAAGUCAGGUAGGACAUUAUGCUGCAGAUGGAACAUAUGUGCCAGCUGGUGGAACUUAUAUACCACCAAACCCUCCAAGAGAAGCACCUGCACCAAGACUACCUAAAACAUUUACAUCGUCACAUGGACACAGACACAGGCAUGCACCAAAACCAACACAACAACCAACAGUUCAAAAUCCAGCACAACAACAACCAACACAACAACCAACAGUUCAAAAUCCAGCACAACAACAACAACCAACAAUUCAAAAUCCAGCACAACAACCACCUCCACAACCAGCACAACAACCAGCACAGCAACCAACAGUUCAAAACCCUGCACAACAACAACCACAAACAGAGCAAGGACAUAAAAGAAGUAGAGAAAAAGGAAACCAAGAAUUCUUAAAAAUGCUUAAGGAAGAUUAUGGUUACCCAGAUACUCUUGACUUUAGUGACAGAUAUAAAGAAGCUAUUAGAAAGUUCAAGGAAGGAAAUACUGACCCGAACCUAUUUAGCUUUAUGGUUCAGUAUCAAAUGGGAUAUAAUCUCAAACCUGGAAAAUACAAGCUCGCUAAGGGAUAUGAUUUAAUAGCAUAUCAUCCAAAUGACAUGAAUGAAUUUACUCCGAGAUAUUUGGUGUCAGAGCUAAAUGAUAAUUCAACUCUCUUCAUGAAACGCGUAAAAAAUAGAGACGGAACGAAAGAAGAAAGGUUUAUGAGUCCGGAUGACUUAGAUAGGGAACUUGUUAAAAACGGUCUCGGAAUAUAUGAA